AUGACCCUCGUAUCCUCGACAAGGGUACGUCUCUCCCCCCCCCCUCAGUCUUUUCACGGGGACGAUUCUGACACAUCCAUCGCAGUCGAUGUCUACUUUACCGAAGCGGCCAGCAAGAAAUACGUCCCCCGUUCCAUCCAAGUCGACCUCGAGCCCGGAGUAGUAGACUUGGUCAGGUCGGGACCGCUGAAGGAGCUGUUUAGGCCGGAUACGUUCGUGCACGGCGAGAGUGGUGCGGGAAACAAUUGGGCGAAGGGAUACUAUACCGAGGGUGCCGAGCUCGUCGACCCCGUCCUCGACGUCCUGCGUCAACAAGCCGAGAACUCUGACUGUCUUCAAGGAUUCCAAGUCCUCCACUCUUUGGGCGGUGGUACCGGUUCCGGUCUCGGUGCUCUCCUCCUCGGCAAGAUCCGCGAAGAAUACCCCGACCGAAUGCUCGCCACCUUCUCCGUCUUCCCUUCGCCCAAGGUGUCUGAGACCGUCGUUGAGCCUUACAAUGCGGUACUUUCGACGCACAACUUGGUGGAGAACAGUGAUAUCACUUGUUGUAUCGACAACGAAGCGCUGUACAACAUCUGCACGGCCGACUUGAAGAUUCCUAUGCCGCAGUACCCAGACCUGAACGGGCUUAUUGCCAAGGUCAUGGCUGGUUUCACCAGUACGUUCCCUGGUGUCCUCAACUCGGACUUGCGAAAACUCGCCGUCAACAUGGUACCCUUCCCCCGACUGCACUUCUUCACCGCCGGUUACGCCCCUCUCGUCGCUGGCGCCAACAAGAGCUACACUUCUUCCAAUGUCCACGAGCUCACCGCGGCCAUCUUCCAGAAGCGCGCUCUCCUCGCUGCUGUUGACCCCGCUUUCGGCAAAUAUCUUACGGUCUCUGUCGCGUACCGAGGCAAGCUCAGUAUGCGUGAUAUCGAGAACGCCGUCUGGGACUUCCACAACAAGAACUCUGAACACUUUGUCCCCUGGAUUCCCAACUCCUCCCUCACCACCCUCUGCGAAGUCCCGCCUCUCGGGCAAAAGGCCGCCGCCACCCUCGUCGCCAACACCACCUCCAUCUCGGAAGUCUUCAAGCGCUCGCAUGCGCAGUUCAGGAGUCUGUUUAGGAGGAGAGCGUUUACGCAUUGGUACACUGGGGAGGGUAUGGAUGAGCAGGAGUUUACGGAAGCUGAGGCGAAUUUGGCGGAUCUGUGUAUCGAGUAUGAUCAAUACGCAAACGCGGAUCUCGAGGAGGAAGAGUACGAGGUGGAGGGAGAGUAUGCGCAGGAAGGAGAGUAUGAGCAGGAAGGCGUCGAGGGCGAACAGGUUUAUGAGGAGUGA